ACCAAUCACAUCGCGAGGAGUCCAGGAGGACGGAGUCCGCAGAGAGGACUCUCCCUGUUAGCAUCCACUCUGUUUGUAGCUACGUUAGCUCUGUCAUUAAGGCACUUCACAACGCCUGCUGGACGCACAAAAGCAGAGGAGAUCCGUCACGUUUACUGCAACACAGACGAGUGAAGCAGCGAAAUAAGUAACAUUUCGGGUGAAUGAUACCGGUGGAGAUGUAUAACAAGCUGCAUUGGACACUGAGGACCAACCUGGCAGCCAGCCUAUCAACUGACAGCUGUCACCGCACCUAGCUGCUUAGCUAACUAGCUUGGUGAGCUAACUGCUAACAAGUGUUUUCUCGGGCUUGUUGCCUUGGCUAAAUUAGCCGCCAGAGCCGCUCUCGGUUCGGAGUGUGGAAGCGGUGACUUCCGCUUGGACGUUCAGUUUUAGUGUUUUCUAAACGAGUACAGACUCUGCCUGCUGUUCGAACCAUGAGUUAGCUAAGGCGCGUCGCACCGCAGUGUGUGGAAUAGUUUGAGGUCCAGCUAGGUAGCGAGCAUUUAGCUUUGACGCUAGCCGACGGCAUUCAUUCAAUCGUCGGAACAACUGCUGAGCCCUCGACACCAGCACCUCAACUACAGAACGACCGGGGACCUGUUGUAUCCAAACCCGAUUAUUGUUCCGACACUUUUCCUGGACUCGACCGUGCUUUGUUUAACGUCGGGGAGGAGAAAUGAAGAAAUUUUUCGACUCUCGCCGGGAGCUGGUGGGUUCCGGGCCUGGCUCCGGAGUAGGUGGAGGAGGAGGCGGUGGUUCCGGCGGCGGUGGCAGCUUCAUCGGACGGGUCUUCACCAUUGGACGAUAUCAAGUGACCGUCGAGGAAAUCGUCGCCGAAGGAGGUUUUGCCAUCGUGUUUUUGGUACGGACUCAUCAAGGUGUACGUUGUGCGCUGAAAAGGAUGUAUGUCAACGAUGAACAUGAUUUACAAGUCUGCCAGCUUGAGAUACAGAUAAUGAGGGACCUAGUGGGGAACAAAAACAUAGUUGGUUUCCUGGACUCCAGUAUAUCUGCAGUUGGAGCUGGCGAUGUGUGGGAAGUCCUAAUCUUAAUGGACUUCUGUCGAGGCGGGCAGGUGGUCAACCUAAUGAACCAGCGGUUGCAAACAGGCUUCACUGAAGCCGAGGUGUUACAGAUCUUUUGUGACACGUGUGAAGCAGUCGCUCGCCUCCACCAGGGCCCGGCUCCAAUAGUCCAUCGCGAUCUCAAGGUGGAAAACAUUCUUCUACACGACCGGGGACACUACGUGCUCUGUGAUUUUGGAAGUGCCACCAACUGCUUUCAAAACCCUCAGACAGAGGGCGUCGCAGUUGUGGAGGAAGAAAUCAAAAAGUACACUACUCUGUCAUACCGCGCUCCAGAAAUGGUCAACCUCUACGCCGGAAUGAUUAUCACAACAAAGGCAGAUAUUUGGGCCAUGGGUUGUCUACUCUACAAACUGUGCUACUUCACGCUUCCUUUUGGGGAGAGCCAAGUGGCUAUUUGUGAUGGAAGUUUCACAAUCCCAGACAAUUCCCGCUACUCCCACGACAUGCACUGUCUGAUCAGGUACAUGCUGGAACCUGACCCAGAAAAGAGACCAGACAUCUACCAAAUAUCCCACUUUGCCUUUAAACUGGCUCGACGAGAGUGUCCAGUCCCAAAUGAACACAAUUCACCUAUUCCUGCAAAACUCCCCGAGCCUGUCCGAGCCAGUGAAGCAGUGGCCAAAAAGAGUCAAACCAAAGCCAGGAUCACAGACCCCGUUCCAACCUUGGAAACCUCGAUUGCACCUCGGCAACGACCGAAGGCUGGCCAGGCUCAGCCCCAGCCGAUAUCGGGCAUUCUUCCCAUCCAGUCCGCUCUCACCCCACGCAAGAGACCCAAUGCGGGUACACCACAGGCAAUAGGUGUUGGCAUCAAUGUCCCAGCUGCUGUCCAAGCGGUCCAACAGGCUCCUGUUGCACAGGCUGCAGCGUCAUCAGCUCAGACCGCCAACAUGCAGCAACAGGCCACACUGCAACAUCAGCAGCUCCUCAUGAAGCAGCAGCAGCAGCAGCAGCAGCAGCAAGCCGCAGCCUUCUUAAGCCCACAGAGCAACCAGCAGCAUCAACUGGUUCAGAGCCUCGUCCAGCAGCAGCAAAUACAAAAAGCGCCUCAGGCGUGUAGCGUGCUGCCGUCCAAACAUAAACCUGUUCCUCCAGUUAUUACCUUGCAACACCAGCAGCAUAUAGCCGCUGUCCAUGAAACUGCAGCUUCUCAUCUGACCCCCAUUCCUGAGUCUGCAGUCGUCCCUGCGGCUGACCCAGAGAAGGCUGGUCAUGUGACUCACAGAGUCGGGUCAUUGACGCCUCCCUCGUCGCCAAAGAUGGCGCCCAAAAGCGGUCACAGGCGCAUACUGAGCGACGUCACGCACAGCGCCGUGUUCGGGGUUCCAGUCAGCAAGUCCACCCAGCUUCUCCAGGCUGCCGCAGCUGAGGCUAGCCUCAACAAGUCCAAAUCAGCCAGCACCACUCCAUCCGGCUCCCCUUGCUCGUCCCAGCAGAGUGUGUAUCAUGCGGGUGGCGCUGACGCCCCGGCAGCUCCUGCUGCGCCCGACACUCAGCCGAGCUGGAACCCCUUUGGGGAUGAUAACUUCUCCAAACUAACAGCAGAGGAGCUCCUUAACAAAGACUUUGCCAAGCUGGCUGAGGCUGCUGCAGCAGCAGAGAAGACUACGGGCUCCAUUGAAAAUCUCAUUCCAGGGCUCAUUGCUUUUCCAGCUGAAAGAUCUGCAGACAUCCUCACUGCAGGUCCAGCGUUGUUGACUGCCCCGGACCCUCUUAAUAGCCUCUCCCUCUCAGACACCACAGAGAAGCUGAUUAAGGGACUGAAGUCCCCUGAACCUUCUCUGCUGCUCCCUGACCUCUUAACCCUGGCCAACCCCUUCGGUACUGCCGCAGAGAGCUCCAUCAACGACUCCCUCACAGGGGAGGACUCGUUGCUGGGUUGCGACCUUCUGUCUCAUACUUGUCCUCCUGCAAACCAGUCUGUUUCUGCUCUGCCUUCCUCCUCCUGCUCCUCUGCUCACCCCGGCUGCAGCUCUGGAUCUUGUCUGGAGGAGCUGCUGCCUGGUCAGGUGGCUUCUGACUCUGCUUUCCUCAUGUCGUGUGGGGAGAAGGGCAACGGAGACGAGUUUGACCCUAUUCCUGUGCUCAUCUCCAAAAACUCAAACCAAGGUGGCCACUCUCCCAGCAACAGUGGCAGUUCAGAGUCCAGCCUCCCCAACUUGGCCCGAUCCCUUCUGCUGGUGGAUCAGCUCAUCGACCUCUAGAGGGGGUGGGAGAGGUCGAAGGGGCAGUGUGCAAUCCUAACUGAGGGAUGGGAGGAGGGUAGGGGAUGUAGUUGGGGAAGCUGGGACACUUGGCGUAGCACCUUAUGAGAACCGAGGAGUCAGCAUAGAUCUGUUUGGUGGAACCUCUCUCUUCAUGUGCCUCCUUGGCCUCGAUUCCAUCUCUAGUUGCCUGAUAAGCUGGCUUAUUGUAUCCCGGCUGGCGGCUGACAUUCCCACGCUGUAAAAACACCUUUUCAUUAAUGCCCGAGCAUAUCUCUUGCUUCUCUCCCAGCUACACCAUGGUCUUCCUCAUGCUUUGCUCAUAUUCGCAUUAACUUCCCUCAUUGAGUGCACGGUGCCAUGGUGGCUGAUCACGAGCACACGCUAGACUGCUUGAUCACAGCCGCACACUGUGCUUGUUUAAGGCUGAAGCUUUAUUAAACAAGCCACCUUCAGGCAUGCUCAUUUGUGUCAGGGGUCAGACUGAGGAGCGAGGAGGUAAUGCUGGAGACCUUUGGGCCGUCUUUACACAUUCCUAUGUUGUGGUUUACUGUUGGAGGCUCUGAGGAGAGUCUGUACCAUCUUAGCCUUUCUCUGCUAGAAUUCCAAUAUAGAUCAGAAAUCCACUGCUAUUUAUUGAAGCUAACUUAGCACAUAUAUUCACAACUGCAGCUUCAGCAAAUCCCCGAAUGGGAUGUUAAGCAGGGAAUCUUUUCCCCUAAAAUUACACCUGAAUCGGGGGUAGUCCGCAUUAAUAUGGCUGAUAAAUCAAGCUCCAUUGCAAUUAUAGAAACCUUUUUUAGGAUUUAGUUGACUCUAGUUUUUCUUUUAAUAAUUCCAUUACAUGUAAGGUCAUAAACUGGCCAUGGUAUACUUGACCCAUUGUAAAGAUCGCACAGCCAAAACAAAAGGGAAUCCGAUCAUUUGCCCUGCAGCCAUACCAAAGCUAAAGGAACUAUUUCAUAAUUCUGGUGUUCGUUAUGCGUCAGCCCACGCUGGGGGUCAGUAAGAAUGAGCAGACUUUGAGAAGCGGAUACCGAGGUACAACGUGGAUGUCAUUGAGCUAUUUGUGCUAACAAAUGAGUUUUAUACAAAGGUCAGAGAGAACAGACCUCCCCCUUGCCUAUCCACGCUACCCUUUCCACGGUCGCUGAGGUCAUUUGGCCAACGCGUCGUUCAUUUUAGCCAGAAGAGACUAAAUCAUUUACAUGUACAUAAAAUCACAGUUAGUGUUUUCUCUUGUCAGCAUUGGUAAAAGUGGACUUUUUUGUGUGUAAUAUUUAAAGGCAUUGUCUCUAUUAUCGUAUGAAUAAAUGUGGCUGUUAUUUAAGGACCUUUUAGAAUGAAUGUAUGAACUGACGACCGUUGUCAAAUAUGUAAAAUUUACGAGGAUAUAUAGAUUAAAAAAAAUAUUUGUGUAAUGAAGCUGUAGUUUGCGAAGAUGUUGCCUCGCUCCUCUGUCCAGAGUCCCUCUGUGCUUUCUCCCCCUUUGUGUCACGUAUUAAGUUAGUGGUUUUGCUUUGUAAGUCAUAAUUGAUACAAAUGUGUUCAUGUAAUUGUAAUAUCUCUCUACAGCAUUUCUGUACAUAAUACUGGGUCGUGUAAGUUAUUGUACAUUACUGUGAGAGACAGCAGUAACGAACAGCUAAUGACGGAAGUAACCUGAUAUCUCUGUAGCAUCUCUGACAACUGUUCUCAAUUAUUUGGGUUAAGAAAGGCGUGAAUUGGGAAGAACACCUGUUCAAGUUGUUUUAAGUCUGAUCUUUAAUCUGGCAUUGCGAGUAAUAUCUUUCAUUUUGGCUUUUCUCUAGCCAAGCAAGGUCUAUUGAAUACUCAUAAAUCUAUCUUUAGGGCCCAUUUCACCGUAGAAAACCAAACUACAUACAUACAAAUUGAAAACAUUUCUGCCGAAAUACCAUCGCUGGCGUAUACGCUUAUGCAUAAAGAGUUUUCCCCAGUAAUGCGUAUUGUGAAGGUUAGUCUAACGUUAGAUAGCAAUAGUAAUGUUUGCAUGGGUUGAUGCAACUAUGAUUUUUUUUUUUUCUUUGCAACGAAUGUUUUUUUAGUUAAGUCAUUUGCAUUUUUGUGGCUAAUCUAUGCAAUCCUACAUUAACGCUUCAUGUUCUUAUCAGACACCACAGUGCUGUAUCCUGUAGCGUUUUCGCCUUCGCCGUAGAGUUUAACUUGUGUUGCUGUGUUAAACCAUGUACUUGUUGUGCUGGUUGGGCUGAUAUGGCGCCAGGUAUAGAAAUUACUUAUAUCAAAAUGUUUGACCUAAUUUGGCAGGCGUUCAGCUGCCAAAGCAGGGACAUUGUGGAGUGUGGACUUCUAUUUUUAUGAAUCACGGUUUAGAAUGAGAAAUGAUGAAUAAAACGCAUUAUUGUGAGUGUAAAA